GAGCUGGCAACUAUGUAAUUUUUCGCGUCGGGCGCGUGAAGAACGUCCGAAAGCUCGUGACGUCCCAUCAGUGGUAGCGAUGCAAACAUUUUGGCGCCGAAGAGCUGCCAAUGACGCGACGAAUAAGCGGCGGAACUGUGCAUUGCUGUAACACUGGAUUCAUGUGAUUGCCGGGAGACAUGAAGCUGGUUGAUCACGUGGUGAAAAGCUUUCGUGUCGCCAAAGUGUUCCGCGAAAACACCGAUCGGAUUAACAGCAUCGACUUUUCUCCUAAUGGGGAGACGCUCAUUUCGAGCUCGGACGAUGACUCUAUCGUUAUAUACGACUGUGAGAAGGGCACGCACAAGCGGACCCUCAACAGCAAGAAGUACGGGGUGGACCUGAUUCAUUACACACACGCGGCCAACACAGCCAUUCACAGCUCCACCAAGGUGGAUGAUACCAUCAGAUACCUGUCGCUGCACGACAACAAGUAUAUCCGCUAUUUCCCGGGACACACAAAAAAGGUGGUGACGCUGUGCACCUCCCCGGUGGACGACACUUUCCUGUCGGGCUCCCUGGACAAGUCCCUGCGGCUGUGGGACCUGCGCUCCCCCAACUGCCAGGGGGUGAUGCACCUGACGGGACGCCCCGUGGGCAACUUCGACCCGGAGGGCCUCAUCUUCGCUGUGGGGCUCAACUCGGAACUGGUCAAGCUCUACGACCUGCGCACUUUCGACAAGGGCCCCUUCAACACGUUCAAGCUGCCCCAAGACAAGGAGUGUGACUGGACAGGGCUCAAGUUCAGCCCCGACGGGAAGAGCAUCCUCAUCUCGACCAACGGGGCGGUCAUCCACCUCAUCGACGCCUUCCAGGGCACGCCUCAGCAGAGCCUCACGGGACACACCAACAACAAGGGGGUGCCCUUGGAGGCCUCCUUCAGCCCCGACUCGCAGUUCGUCUUCAGCGGGUCGACGGACGGCCGUGUGCACGUCUGGAGCACGGCGGAGGGCGUGGGGGGUCUGCGGACGGCGGUGCUCAACUGCGACCACACGGGCCCCGUCCACUGCGUCCAGUUCAACCCCAAGUACAUGAUGCUCGUGUCGGCCUGCACCAACAUGGCUUUCUGGCUGCCCAGCGUGGACGAUGGUCUGUGAACGCCCACGCACCCCAACCGUGGGGAGAUCUCGCAAGCCCACCUUUUAACUUCUCCGUCAUCCUUCGAGCAGACCAUUGUGUUGUGCAUCAUCGAGGCCCGUAGACAUUGCUUUUCCUUGGGCCCGCGCCCGGCCGUGUUGGGCGAGCGGCUCCCCGCCAAAGUGCUCGCUUGCAUCACUCUGGCGCCUGCGGCUGGACUCUGCCAACGAGGUCGCUAGCUACCGCCCAAAGGACUCGGAAACGCCAUCUCGGCACCGGAGGACCGAGAGACCAAAAGUAGUACGAGGCGGCGUUCCCGCACGCUUUACUCGACCUUGGAACCGUUGGAUCCUUCAAUAAAGACUCGGCAUUUUACAUUGCAA